UGUUCUGCUCUAUUCUUUUGGCUGUGAUCUCAUGUUUAUUUUAAAACCUGACUUUUGAAUCUAAACAAUGGUUUUGGUUUCACACGUGUGCUUCUAAAUUUCAUCGCCCGUGGACAUUUCUAGAGAGAAAGAAUUAUACACUCAGUAAAACCCCUUAACGCUCAUCCAAGUGUUCUUGAAAACAUAUCCAAACUUGUUCAAUGGUCUCUUCUAUAAAAGAAAGAUUAUUAAAUACUCUCAUGAUAAACUUGCACAACAAAAAGACUCUAAGUCACUAUAAACAUGUAGUCUCAUGAAUCUUCACCCAGAGGCAGAAGGUGUACUAUGUUUCCUUUAAAUAUCACAGCCCCCUCUGCCACAGUUUCGGUGCAAAGUCUCGUCGACACACAGCAUUUUUUAUGACAAGCGUGAUAAAAGCCGUGAAAGCAUCAUGUGUGUCUCUAAUAAUAUAUCUCUAAAAAUAUACUUGUUUAGUACAUGACUGGUUGUUAAUAAUUAAGCGGGAAACGCUGGGGCAUGUUUGUUGUGUGUGCACAUGCACAAGAAAGCGAGGUGAGUUUAGUCAGCCGUUCUCUAACCCGAUCCGUGGCACUGAAAUGUUACAUGUAUCAUGUUCCCUUCACAAAAGAGACAGAAACUGCUGUGACGCAGUGCGUCUUUCCCAGGGUCUCUGUCUUCAGGUGCUUUACCUUGAUGUACUGCCACUUCUUUUAUGAAAUCCUUGUCAGUUGUGCCAAGAUCAGAACUGGUGUUUGGCCUCAGGGUGCAGGAUAAUUCUCCUGUUUCACAGCAGGGAGUCUUAUAUUUUCUAGCUCUACAGUGUUAUGCUUUAAACUGUACCUGUAUGUUUAACGGUCGCGAAAUCUGUCAAUCUGUCCCAAAUGUAGAGAGGAUUCACAAAUAAAGAAAAUGCAUAAUCUUUUCUUUCAUCCCCUCUCACUUAUUCAUAUUUCCCAUUAUAGAGUGUCUGAAAUAUUAAUAAGCGCUGGUUGUAUAACUUUUUUUUUCUUCUGAGAGAUGAAUUUCAAAAACGUGUAAGAUCAGUCGGCAAAUCUGCCGCCAUCAAACUCACAGCUGGGAAAUUGUCAGUCCUCAACAGCUGAUCCAGCGACCGAACCAGGCCAGUUUUAAAAUCUUCUGGGAUGUUCAGAUAAAGUUUGGCACCUUUAGGAUGCGUCUUUAAUUAAUUCACAAAGAUACUUUUCCUUGUAGUAGGGUGGAAUGAAAUAUGAAAUAAGCUAUUGCAGCCAAUAAGGAAGAGCUGUUGAUAGAUUUUUGGACCAAACCUCAAAGCACCUGGUCUAAACCAUCCCUAGUCCCUUCGGGCAGUCCUGAGUUCACUCCAAAACUUUUUAGUCCUGGUCCUCUGUAGGGUAUGGCAAUUGAUUUUCCGUUUUGCAAGGAUUCAUUUUUAUUAUUUCAAUGUAUGCAUGCAUACUUUAUCUAUUUUAGAUUUAUUUUUUAUUAAGUUGAAGUCUUUACACGUUAUUUAUUAACAAUUUAUCUAUUUGUUUACUUUUACAACCAGCGAGUAUUUCCACUAUCUGAACGGGAUUUUGUUUCUGUGUAUCUUUCUAAAUUGUUGUCUGUUUUGAACAAAAUCCUGUUAGACAAGCAGCUUCCGUUGAAUUCAGCAGUUUUAUAUACUGAUUCCUUUAUCCAGACACGAGGACACAUAGAACAGAGACGCAAUCCAGAAAGAGAGCGUGCGUGUGCAAAAUAACAGGGGUAGAAAGAGAUGAUUUCUGACACCUGGUCAUUAAAAGUUGCUGCAAUCAUUCAUUUGGCCGUUCUCCACCAUAUUUUUGCUGUUGUUUGGCUCGUGCUGUUAACUGCUUGUCUACAUGUCAGAGAACAUCAGAUUGCAGCUGCGCCCGCAACCUCUCUGUUAUAUCGCAUGCAUGUCUCCCAGCUGUUUGCCUGAAGCCAGCUGGGUUGAGAGAGCACUAUUUUUGACAGCUGGGAUGGGAGUUUUUGGAGAUUUAGGACAUUUAAAGCAAGUUGGUGAAAUGAACAUUGUGACUUUUGUGAUGCUUCACCAUGAGGACAUGGAUGGGUUGGUUACCACUGUUGAGUUGUCCACUAGCUAGUGGAUACUGUAACGGCCCAAUCUGGUAUCAAAAUGCACACUGUACUUAGUAUAGGCCUCUUAGCUUAUACUGUUUAUUCGACAACACCAUCCUGACAUGAUCAGGAAGCAUGAGGAUCAAAAAAGCGCCUACCUGUAGCCAAAUACCUAUGUCAAGUUUUCUAAAAGAAAGAGACAUACGGAAUGACAGAGGCAGUAAGACGGGAGAGCAGAGGGCUGUCAUUUCCAUACCUGCUGAAGCCUGACUGUCUGCUUCCUCCUCACAGACUAAAGGCAGGGAAUUGCCUCGUUUCUCUCUGUUUACAUUGAACUGCUGUGGGCGUUGGCACCUGCUGUCCAGCCUAACAUGUCCCACACAAUGUCUGUCUUUCAGAUGGGCUACUAUUUGAUUUAACAGGUGGAGACAGCUGUACUGCUCACCCUUUGAGGUUUUUCAACCAGAUAAACUCAAAAUUAUUAUUUUUCCGUGCACUGGCAUUAUGAAGGAAAAAAAAGCAUUUAUUGUGUCCACAUUACUGUUCAACUAUAAUGGAAAAAUUUCGUCUCAAUUACAUCUUUAAAGACAUACUCCACCUAAAAAUGAAACUGCUGUUGAACACAAAGCAAGAUAUUUAGAAAAAUGUUAGCAAGUAAGAUUUCUGGGGUAGUCAAAAAAUGGUUUUCCUAAAUUAUUUAAAAUCUUCUUUUGUGUUUAACACUAUCAUUUUUGUCACAACACUAUCAUGUCAGUUGCUCAUAUUCAUCCAAAUAUCCUUCUUCAUUUAUACAGGUCUGGAACAACUUUAGGAUGAGUAAUCCACGACAGAAUAUUUAUUUUUAGGGGGACUAUCUCUGAAAACCGUUUGCAGGGGAUUUAGCAAAGAUAUGACAUAUUAACAGAGAAUUGAUCUUGUAUUGGGUUUGAAUUUCUUAAAGGGAUAGUUCACCCCAAAGUUCUGUAAUCGUUUCGAACCUGUUUAAAUAUCUUGUUAUGUUGAAAAAAGCGAUUUUGAAGAAUGUGUGAAACCAAACAGUUCUUGGGCACCAUAGUAUAAUUGUCCUACUAAAUUGCCUACUAAGGUUGUCAAUGGUGCCCCAGAAUUGUUUGUUUUUUCUAAAGAAAAAUGAUUUGUGUUCAGCAGAAAAAUUCAAUUAGAUUAGCUUGAAGGUUAGUGAACAAUGACAGAAUAUUCGUUUUUUUGUGUGAAAUCCCUUUAACCCACUGGCAAUUAGAUUUUUAUUUAAUCAAUUACAUUUAUGGUAAAAGUAAUACAAAGUUUAAUGAUGCAUUUUCUAAAAAGAAUUUAGCUUUAUGUGUAAAUUUGUUUUGUUUUGUGAAUUUAUAUUUAUUGGAUAAAAAUAUAUUUUUGCAAUGUAUAUUUGAAGUGUUGUAUCUAAGUGUUAUACUAAAGAAAUCCCAUCUAACGCGUAGCAACAAAUUUUGUUGUGGUGUAAAUGGGUCAGCGAGUAGAUCUAAUAAGUAAUUUAUAGAUAUUGUACUUUCCUGUGGCUCAGUGGUUAGAGCAUGGUGCUAGCAACGCCAAGGUCAUGGGUUCAAUUCUGGGAUUUUACAUACUUAGAAACGUAUGUAUAGUAUAAAACAAUGAAAGUCGCUUUGGAUAAAAGCGUUUGCCAAAUGAAUAAAUGUAAUGUAAACGUAUACUCAAAGGAAAUAAUGUGGCCUGUUAAAAUAAAUGCUGCCAUAACUGAAACAGACCCAUCAUGCACUCACAUCAACAACAAAUAGAGGAGUCUUAUAGAUUAAUAUAGUCUAAUAUAGCAUAUACAUUGCUAUCUUCCCUCACCAUAUUAUCAUUUACUAUACCUAUAGGGAGACAGGGAGCUGGCACCGUGAAAGACAACUCAACAAACUCAGAUUACAGUGAGCUCUUCUCAGCUUGACCUUCUUUCAUGUGCAAUAAAAGUAAAGGCCAAUUGAACGUCAGGCUUAUCAGAUCAUAUGCCAGUUUGGUGAGUUGCCAGUUAGCAGGUGUACCAAAGCAUCCUUCUAUUCCUUCUAAGAUUGUUCCUUUAGGCUAGUUCAUCUCAGCUAUUUACAAUAGCUUCACGGUGGUGAUGUGCUUGGGUAAAUGGUCUUCUGAAAGUCUGUGAGUGAGCUAUAUGUGAGAAAUUCCACCGUCCUGAGAGAACUUUAUGAAAUUCCUCUUCGCAGACCGAUGAUAACAGAUGUUUUCAAUUAGGUCAUAAUUAAGCCGUGUCUAAAUAUAGCAGUGACACAUUAUGUUAUGGGAGCUUGUGACGUCCCCGUGGCCCUUGGUAUUUUCGGCUCUAGUUUGUAAAGAAUAGAAGAAUGUGUCUUUGUUUGUAUGGAUAAAACAGGUAGUUAGAAGAGGUGCUUUAAAGAUAUCAGACUCUAACAUGUGACGCCACUGUAAACUCAAAUGUCUGAUCUAGUCCGUAACCGCGUCUCCAAGAUACACUUGAGUUCAGGAUACUAUUUCAGCCCACUUUUGUAAAGGUGAUUUACAAUGCAUUGAAGUCACACAAAAACCUGUUGCGUUUACUAGCACUCCUGGUUGAUUUAAGGAAAGUCUUCUGGGCACAGUUGUAGUUUCCACACUGUCAAAAAAUCCAGUAAAGCAGCUGGGGCGUCAAAAAUAUUCCGUAAUAUAUUCCUGUAAAUUACAUGGUUUUCCCAGGUUUUUUUUGUAAAUGUAUCGUCUUUUUCUGCAAUUUGACAGUUGUUGACCAUAAACAAUAAUAGACUGUUAAAAAGCAAUAUACCGUAAAAAUAACAGUUUUUUCUGUAAAUAACGUUUUUCCCGUUUUCUUGAAAUAUGCAUUAUUCUGUAAAUUGACGUUUUUUGACUGUAUUUCAAAAACUUGUGAAAAAUCAGUACUGUUAGCAAAAAAUACUGGAUUUUAGACAUUAUAUGGGAUUUAAAAAAAAAAAUUAACAUUGAAAUUCUGUAAAAAAAAGGGUACGCCGUAAGAUUGUCUAUUUCUUAGAUCUAGAAUGACUCUACACUGUUUAGUUCUUGUAAGUUUGCAUAACUAAGACUAUGAAUCAUUAAACUAGUGACAAAUUGGUCUCGCUUCAGUGUGAAAUGUAUCAUUUGUCAUGCUCAUGCCACAAUACACAGCGAUACUUCUCACGUACCUCCAAACUGACAUGCUGUGACACCUGACCACCAUUUCUUGCAUACAAAUAUGCUAGAGGGGUGGUUACACAAUAAUGUGCAUGCUACUUUUAAGCUAAACAAACAUUUCAAGUGCCAGCUGAGAUCUAUUUAAUAAUCCACUGAGAAACAAAGCGUCUUCUGUAAAAUCAAAUGCAGAUAAAAAGUACAGAUUUUGCCAAGCCCUCAAAUGAAUCAACAGUAAGGGAGUGUUUGACAGUUUCCUAGGGGAGAGGUUUUAUUAAAAGCAAGAAAGCCUUCCUCUUGGCAGGUACAAAGGUAAGACUUGUGAAAGCAUGGGAGGUUUCUGUGCCAGACAUCUGUAAGUCGAGAAAGCUCCGCAAUGCGAACGACCGGUUUGUUUUGAUCUUCUGUUUCCUGUGACAUCAAAUGCCUGUUUCAGUUUGUUUGGAAUUGCAAGCUCACACACAACAUGCAGUCUAUUUAGUGAAUGACCAGGAACUGAGGACGAUUCAAUUUGGGAAUGAAUGUGAACACUUAUGAGGUCAUUUUAGUCUAUGCGGUCUUGUUAUGCUUGUAAAUUGGAGUCAUUUUGAUUAAGUCUCAUUAGAUGUGUUUGCAUAAUGAAGCUCAGAGGACUGAGCAAGUGUACUUGACAUUUUACAUAACAGAUUCAUAUCUGCAUAUGAGUUUAGAUUUAAACAAAUCCUGUUUUCAAGUUUCAUAUGUUGCAUUUUUGUCUUUAUUCAGAAUCAUUUUGUUUCUUGAUGGUCUUUAAGGAAGGUCUGUCUAUUAAAUAUUUGAUUGUAUGAAACUAAUGUUGGCACACCCUCAGAUCAUUAUUCAUGCUCAUUUGUAAAGAUUAGCAAAUCAUUGUUUUUAUACUUAUCAUUUGUACUGGUUUCAGUGAUUGUCCGAUUUCAUAAUGCAUAAUAACACACCCUCUCUAUUCAGAAGAACCUGCUGUGCAUGGAAAAGUGUUUCUCCACCUGCCUGUGAAACUCAUUGUGUGUGAAUUUGUGUGUCAGAGGGCUUUUUGCAUUGUUAGGCUGAUUUAGAAUCAGAGUUCAAGUCUUUUAACAUUACAUUAAAGGAGUAGUUUACAAGAUUUGCCCCCAUUGACUUUCCAUAGGAAUUUUUUAUUCCUACCAUAUGGAAGGUCAAAUUUUGAAGUGAACUACUCCUUUAAGGUAAAUAUGUGCUGGGUGAUUAAACUUACAUGAGAUCUUUUAGAUACUUUUAACUUAAAACGGUAAAUUCUGGAAUAGCAAUGUUUUUUUAACUUUUUUGAUAUGUUUAUUUUGCACUUCGCUGUCCACACAUUUCAUUGAAUUGUUAUAUUAUUCUACUUUAUUGUGUGGACGUAAACUCCAAAUUAUUCUGUAUUGCCCCCAUGUGUACUAAUGUGGAACUGCAGUAUCCAAGUUUGUAUAAACAGUCUUUAGUGUCCCACAGAUAUACUUGGAUAUAUGUGUGCAUCAUAUAAUGUCUCAUGUUUUGUAAUUAAAAAGCUCCUUAACAGAGCAAAGUCACAUUUCUACUCACUGCUGUCUUUCUAGUAUAUCUUUGCACAAUGUUGAGCACUCACUAAAUCUGAUGUUAACUGCAUCUAGUUCACAUCUACCCGGUUAGAUUGUCCUAAAGCUGACCAUCAUAUCUGACCCAGUCACCUUCAUGUAGUCUUUUCUCCUCUGUUCCCAAUAACCCCACCACCCCACACCCAUCUCUGAGGAUCCACGAGUGAGUUGACCUCCAAUGUGCAGACGAACCCUUUUAGUAGAGCACGCAGGAACGCGAACGUAUUACUUCAGCGCAGACAGCCAUAAGGAGCAAGAGGAGUGGAUCCAAGCCAUGAGUGACGCUGCCAGAGUCAGGGUCGAGACCACAACUAGAAAUAAAUCCGAGCCCAAUCCUACAUCAGACCAAAACGACAUGGUAAGCAAAAGACUCGAACCCAAUUCUCACGCCCAGAACAACGGCCAAAGGCCACACACCCUUGAACCUGUCAAUCACGAGCUCAACGGACUAGAGACCAGAGUCACCACGCCCACCACCCCUGCUAGCCUUAAUACAGAGGGCAGGAUAAUGGAGAAAGGAGGCUUGCCGCCCCAUCAACCCAACGGAUGGGGUAACUACGGUCCUCCAAACGGUUCAAGAUAUCAGUCCCAGGAGAACAUGAGGGACUUACGUGAGCAUCAAGAGGAGAACGUUGUGAUGAGGAGAGGCUUUGUGCCAAGGACGGCACCGGAGAGACUCGCUCAGAGAAAGAGCUCUAUGACUCAGCUGCAGCAGUGGGUGAACCAGCGCAGGACAUAUGGGCCUAUGGAUGACGGGCGCAGUCCAACCGGGUAUUACACAGUAAACCGCGGUAUGUCACCGGAUUACUGCAGUGUAUAUGGCGGACCUCAAUACGUGGAUGAAUAUCCCCUCUACCCACCCGGUGUCCGCCCUGAGAGCAUCUGCUCCAUGUCGGCUGCGUACGAUCGAGCGCCACCUCACUGGAAUAUGGAGGAGAGAAGACGCUCUUUACGAGACGGACCCCUAUACGGACAACCUCGGGACCCUCAGUGGAUGAUGGGACCCCAGGGCCCCCAUCCUGGCUAUUACUCCCAAGUGGAUUCAGCACAGAACUCCAUGCGACGCCUCUCCAUUCAGCCGCGUUCGCGGUCCGUUCCCCGCUCGCCUUCUACUUCUUCUGGAGGACCGUACUCUCCGCACAGCUUUGCCUCACCCGCCCGAUCGUCCAGCACCAGGUUCGAUCGAGUGCCCAGCCGAAUGAGAGAUGAUGGUAUAUACGCCGAUCCCUCGGUUUACGGGUUGCGCAGGUCACUAAGCUCACCGAAGUAUGAAUUUGCUGGAGAUCGCCGCUCAUACAGUCAAGGAAUGCACCACUAUAAUUACCCAGCAUCCCCCUCUCUCCAUGGUAAAAUGGAGGACAUUUUAGACCUGCAACUUCAGAGGAACUUGGAGUACAUAGAUCACCAGAUGACAGAGAGUGGUCACCUUAUCGGCAUGGUAACCAGAAUGGUUGAACGUUCUUCUCCUCGAUCAAAGAUAUAUUCUCAAGUGCCUCCGUACCAUGAUAUGUACAGUGAGCUACAUCCCACACUGAAGCUUAAUGAAAUUGAAACCAGUAAAUUGCUCGGGCGUCUGUGUGAACAGAACCGACUAGUAAAAGAGCAGGAGGCUGUAGUCCAUCGGUUGAGAAUGGAAAAGGACAGCCUAGAGGGGGUGCUGGUGGCCACACAUCAGGAGAUGGAGCUCUACAGGAAUCAGCCACUGGCCAUGGAGAAACUUCAGCUGAAAAAAGAGAGUCUACAAAACAAACUGAUUAACAUCAGAGGAGAACUUUCUCAGGCUUCAGGCGCUCUGACCACCACUCGUAUAGAGUUUGACGCUCUGGAGGAAGAAGUGAACUCUAUCCAUGGUGACUUGUGGGAGCAGCUGAACACUGGAGGGCAUGGUGAGCUGGUUCACAGGCACAUUCAGAAGGAGUUUUGGAGGGUUCAGGAAGUUUUGGAAGUGCUGCACAAAAACAACCCGUCCCGUGGCACAGACACGGCCAAGCACAGGGGUCAGAGAAUAGCCAGUAGAGCAUCAGGCUCCUUCAGCACGAACAGUCCGGCGAGUCCAUUGAGUUCAGUGAGUCUCACCAGUCCUCUCAGCCCCUUCUCACCUGUACCUGGGUCUCAUGCCUCACCCACUAAACAUCUGGCCACAGAGGAGGUUGGCCCUCCGCGACCUCCGCUUCCUAAAUCUUACCAGCCCCUGGAGACCUCCCAGACCUUUCCCCCCUCCAUACCUCCCCUGCCCAUAAACAGCAAUGCCUGGCUGCACAGCAUGGGCCCUCAUGCCAGCCUCCACCAGGAAAGCUACAAGGACGAGGAAGAAUACCACAGCAGAAAGCACAACUACAACUCACAGGGAGAAAAGCCCACCGACUUCGACUCAGAGCAAGACAGACAGUCCAAUGUGAAUAAAGUUGGAGUUGUUCCACCCAGGGCCAAGUUACCUUCAGAACACAAGGGUACUUCUAAUGGUGUACAACGGAGAAAUGGGAAGGUGCCCAACGGUCAGAUUUCUAGGGAACGGCCAAAAAGUGCAGUGUUCCCUGCCGAGGUGAAGUCGAAAAUGACCGUGGAGGAGCAGAACGAAAGAAUACGAAGAAACCAGAGCAGUUCUGUCAGAGACAAGAGACGGAGCCUCAACCUGUCCGGCAGCCAGCACGGAGAUGGAUUCAAACCCACCACCAACUACAGAGUGGUGCGGAGGAGAGUGACUUCAGAUGAGGUGGAUAUCAAGGGUUUGGAGGCAGCUGUGAGGGGUGGAGGUGUGGAGUCACCCAGACAGGAAAUUGCACGUCUACGACGACAGAUAGAGCCUGAACACUACGACCUCAAUAUCGGCAUAGAGCUGUCUACACCAGAGAAGGUCUUAAUUCCGGAGCGAUACUUAGAAAUGGAGCCCAACACACCUCUUAGCCCUGAGGAGCUUCAAGAAAAGCAAAAGAAAGUAGAGCGAAUCAAAACGCUCAUUGCCAAAUCUAGCAUGCAGAAUGUGGUGCCGGUGUUGGAUGGGCCAGUGGAGGGACCCAGUAAUUCAGAGCAUCAACUUCAUGAGCAGGAGAAGCGGAUUGAGAUCUCCUGCACGUUGGCAGCCGAAGCCUCCCGCCGCAGCCGGCUGCUCUCCGCCCAGUGCAUCCCUAGUUCUCCUGCCUCCCCAACCAGCCUGGCCCCUCCCCAUUCUGCUGACUACUCUGACUCCUCCCACAUCAUGAAGGUGUGAAGCUCAAGCACUUGCAGCGGUCAAAUUUGAUGGUGAACCCUUCUGAGUGUCCAGCGGAUCAAGAUGAAAACCACCGAAAUAUGUUUCGCCUCUGCCAAACAUUGCAUUUCUUUUGAUUACCUACACCACGCUGAGAAAUAUUUCAAAGUGUCUGGAUGUUUGCGGAGGUCUGUGCAUACAGCGAGGUUCAUCUGCCUCCAUCUAAUGCAUUUCUUGUUUAAGAACUCAGUGGAAACCUCGACAGAACUACAUAAUUCAAUUAAUACAAUUUGUUUCGGAGGACGACAGUCACGUUACAGAAGCUACAAAACUAGCCAGGAUGUGAAAUAUGUUUACAUGUUCAUGUUUGCUCUUGGUCGCAUUACAGUGACUGGAGCAUAUAGGCCUACAGAAAAUUCAUGGGUACAGUUUAGCCGCUCAGGGUGGAUUCUGCAGACACAAGUACGUUGACAGGAAGGAUCGUGUGACGGAGACCAGUACAGAUGGGAAGUCCGAGACUUGACCGGAGGAGAAUAGCCAUGGUAAAGUAAGGACUACGGCAAAGUUGUCAAGCUCAGUUUAUCUGGAAGUCAUCAGAGGAGAGAUGAAAAUGAUUUGUUCCGAACACUGUUGAUUCAUGUUGGGAUGCCCAAAUUGACAGACCGUUAAUGUUGGGCUUUAGACGAAGGAGCGAUUUCCCUCCAUCACCUUCAUUUCUCCAGUAAAGGAGUUCAAGGCCAGACUCACUGUGACUUUUCCUGGCCUCAUUUUCCAUACUGAACAUAGGGCUCACAAACCCUCUUCCUUGCCAGCCGAGUACAACCUGUCAGAAUUGCAGUCUUUUAAACCAUUGUCAGGUCUUUACUUACAGUGUACGUCUAUAAAGAAAGCUUAUAUAUUGAUAUGACUAUUACUCUAAUCUUUGCAUCAAAGCCAUGUGGACGCAUCAUAGUGCUUUAAUGCUAGAACAAUAGUUACCAAAAAACGGUAAAUACUUGUGAGCGCUCUUGAAUAGUAGAUUAUAGAGAAAGCUAAACAUUUGGAAGUGUCCUUAGAGGUGUAAGUCUGCUUGUUGAAACACAAUGCGUGUUGAUGUGGGGCCAGCAACUUGCAUUACAGCCUGUAUAUACUUUCAUUAAAUUAUAUCAAACCUGUCACCCCGACAGAAUAUACAAAGCCCUUAUUUGUGGAUCGUUGUGCCACUUGGAGAUUCAUUUGGGUAUGUUUCUGCCACGGCACACUUUUACGUGUAAAUAUAGAUAUCACAUGAUAUUAAAUGGAACAAUAUUUUGGAUUAUUUUUCUAGCACUGGUAAAACAUUUUAUCUAUCAAGCAGCUUGAUUAUAAUGUUACGAAACGUAAAGUACGAUUUGCCAAAUAAAAAAUCUCUGUUUUGUACUUUGAGGUCCUGAUUGGAGAGCGUAUUGAAACCUCGGAAAUGCCAUGCAAGUUGUUAGCCCGUAAACUGUGCUUAUCUUUUUUAAAGAUGUAAAAGUCUUUGGUUUAACUCUUAAUUGAGAAUUUGUUUGACAGAAUUGUGUCCCUUCUUUUCUUUCUCUCAUCAACACAAGCCACGCUAUCAUAGAUAUUAUGAUUGUGUUAUUCCUAUAUCCAAAACCCUAAAUCGAGGUAAAACACAGUACUUUAUCUGUAAAAGAGUUUUUAAAGAAAUAGGUUACUUAUCAUCGCCAAGCAAAAACACCCCUGAAGGGACAGACAAAGAUUUAUUUUAUUGUUUUAGAGAAAGAGAAAAUCUGAUUGUCGAAACGAAUCAUAUUUUUAUAUUAGCACGGACAUCUGAUGUAUAAAAUGAGGUUCGGUUGGUUACAUUUGUAAAAUGAAUAAGAGUGUUUUGAAUUUUCACGGUAUAGGGGAAUACUGAUUGAGGCUGAUAUAUUUUUAAUUUAUUGAUCUGAACUUCGAAGCAUCUUUUUGAAGGCCUUGUUUAAAAGUUAUUUGUAAGUGUUAUUUUUUACGUACAGUAAUUGGAUUGGGUUAAAGUUGCAGCUGGGUAGUCGAAGCAGAAAUGUCUAUUAUUUGAUCAAAUAUGUAGCAUAUAAUGUGGGAUUAACACAUACAGAAUAAGCACAUUGGUCUGUGUAAAUAUUUUUAAAAUCUAAUACUGUAUGUCUUCAUAUUGACAGUAAAUAAUGCUCUUUUAAAGAAAAAACAAACAAACUGCUUGAGCUAUGCAAAUCAGUCAAGAUAAACAAUACUUAAUGUGCUUGCUUUAGAAGUACCCUCAUGCAAUAAAGUGAAUGUAUUUAAAAAAACA